UACAUCUCAUACUCUAAACUCUUAACCCUCCAUUUAUCUCCACUUCAUUCCUCUGCAGCCAUGUCAACCUCUGGAAGGAAAGGUCGUGGCCGUCAAAAGAUUGAAAUGAAGAAAAUGGAGAAUGAUAGCAACUUGCAGGUCACUUUCUCAAAGCGCCGCGGUGGGCUAUUCAAGAAAGCCAGCGAGCUUUGCACCCUCUGCGGCGUAGAGAUAGCUCUCAUCGUCUUCUCCCCUGGCCAGAAAGUCUUCUCAUUCGGCAAUCCCAGUGUGGAGGCCAUCAUUGAGCGCUACCUCUCGCGUGGCCCGACUCAACCAACCGUCACCAUGCACUACAUCGAGGCUCAGCGAAACGCCAACGUGCGUGAGCUGAACAAAUAUCUGUCUCAGAUCAACAACCAGCUUGACGCUGAUAUGAAGCGCAAGGAGGAGCUGAAUUGUCGGCUAAAAGCGAUGCAAUCUCAGUUCUGGUGGGCUUGUCUGAUUGAAAGCAUGGACAAGUCUAUGCUUGAGAAGUACAGGGUUGCUCUGGUUGAGCUCAAGAAGAAGGUCACUUCUUAUUGUGAUGAGCUUUUCAUUGAGGAUGCAAACGUUGGUAGUGCUGUCGCUACCAACCCACCAAUCAAUCAAUUUUUUUCUGGUGGACCCUCAAAUUCAAUGAUCCCUCUCCACCACCCACCACCACCACCUCCUCAAGUGUUUCCACCACUGUAUUUUCAGGCACCCAUGAUGCAGGCUAAUCACUUUUUAGGUGGCUUUAAUAACAAUGGAGGAUAUGGAGGACCACCCCCAGGGUUCUACUAAUACAAUCAUCCCGUGAUGAUGAUGAGAUGAUGCCCUAUCUGUUUUAAAUUUCAGCGUUGUUUUCAAUUUUCAUAGCACACAGACUUAACUAGUUUCAUGUAUGGGAUAUAGUUAGUCUUGCUUAGGGUUUGAAUUUUAAUUACUGCUUCAUGUUUUUGAA